AUGGUCACAGAAACUGUGUUGAGUCACGGUGACUUUGAAUAUUUAAUCGGCUCUUCAAGGAAACGAGCCAUGAUGACUCGUAAAACAGAAACCAUUAACAUGAAGUUUGGGUUGCUGGUGGUAUUGGCGGUGGCCGUUCUGGUGCCCAGCCUGUCCGAGGGCCGGAUCGUCUCCAGAUGCGAGCUGAAAGAAAAGCUCGGGCAAGCGAUGACGCUGCCCCCACAGCUUCAAAAGUUCAAGGAGGAAUACCUGGCAAAAGUUAUCUGUGAGGUGAACAGACGGUCCAGUCUCAACACCGGCCUGGUCAAGGUGUUCGGCAAACGCACAACUACAACCAAAGCCACGCCAACGACUACGGUCACAACUCUCGCACCACGAGUCAAUGGAACGACCGCUGCACCAACAACUACCCAACUGAAUACCACCGAAACAACGACCACCGCACCAACUACCACCCAAACAACUACCACCCAAUUGCCGAUCACCCCAACACCUCCAAACAGAAGAAAGCGCGGUGUGAGCAGUGAGGAGUCUGACUCUGCAGAGAUGCACUCUAGCCAGGGGGAACUGCUGAACGAGGGCGACGAGGUGAGGAGUCAGGGUGUCAACGGCACGGUCGAUGAGGAUGGAGACAAGGCUAAAGGCAGUGAUAACAGGGAUGAAGACGAGGAUGAAGACGAGGAUGAAGACAGCGAUGAGAGGGAUGAGGAGGAAGGUGGGAAACGUAAGAAGCGAUCCAAAGAGGACCGAUCCAGUGAGGACCGAUCCAGUGAGGAGACCAAGCAUUCUUCUCUUGGCCUUUACGGGAUCUUCCAGCUGUCUGACGAGACCUUCUGUAAUUCUGGUUAUCGCUCCUCCAAAAACAAGUGCAACACAACCUGUGAUGCCUUCACUGAUGAUGACAUUUUGGACGACAUCACUUGCUUUGUGAAGACUAAUCAGUGGGGGUCGUUUUUGAAGUCCUCCUCUGGCGAGUGCCAUUAUCGUAUCAAGAACUACUUUGAGGAGUGUAAAUGAGCAGCUGACACGUUUUCCACCUGCUGCUGAAGCUUACACCUACAA